AUGAGCAAACGAACACUCGGUCAACUAGAUGUAUCCGGCAAGGCGGUUCUGGUCCGAGUUGACUUCAACGUCCCCAUCGAGCAGGGCGCGGGAGCGAUCGCCAACUACGACCAGAGGUUGCGGGCGACAUUGCCCACCAUCGAAUACCUGCUGGAACAGGAUUGCCGGGUCAUCCUGUGUUCGCACUUGGGUCGUCCCCGGGGCGUGUUCGACGGGUCGCUGCGGAUGGCGCCGGUGGGAGAUCGGCUGGCGAUACUGUUGGGUCAACCCGUUACCAGUCUGUCGGAUUGUGUAGGGCCAGCGGCGCAUCGGCACGUGGCCUCCAUGUCCGCCGGUCAGGUCGCCCUGUUGGAAAAUUUGCGGUUCUGGCCCGGCGAGGAAGCCAAUGACGCCGAGUUUGCCGGUGAUCUGGCGUCCCUGGCGGAUUGCUUCGUAAUGGACGCCUUCGCCGUAGCUCACCGCGCUCACGCCUCAACGGUUGGCAUUCCCCGGUUGCUGCCGUCGGCAAUGGGGUUGUUGACGCAGCGUGAGGUGGAAUCGCUGGGCGUGGCGCUGGGGCAGCCGGAGCGGCCGAUGGCGGCGUUGAUGGGUGGCGCCAAGGUGAGCGACAAGAUCCUGGUGCUCCAGAAUCUGCUGGAACGGUUGGACCACCUCUUCAUCGGCGGCGGCAUGGCGGUUACGUUCCUGGCCGCGACGGGCAAUUCCGUGGGGGCAUCCCCGGUGGAAACGGACCGCCUGGAUUUUGCCAGGGAUGUAUUGCAGCGCGCUGCGCAGAACGGGAUAACUGUCCAUAUCCCGGAAGACCUGGUGGUCGCCAGCGAAUUCUCCGGCGAGCCGGCCCGGACGGCAAACGUCAAUGCAGAUGAUGUUCCGGAUGGCUGGUACAUCAUGGACGUUGGCGUACGAACCGCGGACAAAUUUAUGCGGGCGUUGGCGGGAUGCAAAACGAUCAUCUGGAACGGGCCGAUGGGCGUGUUCGAAAUGCAGCGGUUCAGCGCCGGCACUCGAACGGUCGCCAACGGCAUCGCCGGGUUGAGAGGAGUAACCACCGUGGUGGGCGGUGGCUCCACCGCUGAAGCUGUGGAAGCAUUGGGCCUGGAGGCUCAAAUGACCCAUGUGUCUACCGGCGGCGGGGCUUCGCUGGAGUUUUUGGAAGGGCGCGACUUGCCUGGAAUAGCCGCGUUGCCGGAUGCUUGA